ACCAUGGGCCAGUGCUACUACAACGAGACCGUGGGCUUCUUCUACAACAACAGCGGCAAGGAGCUCAGCUCGCACUGGCGGCCCAAGGACGUGCUGGUGGUGGCGCUGGGGCUGACGGUGAGCGUGCUGGUGCUGCUGACCAACCUGCUGGUCAUCGCGGCCAUCGCCUGCAACCGCCGCUUCCACCAGCCCAUCUACUACCUGUUGGGAAACCUGGCGGCGGCCGACCUCUUCGCCGGCGUGGCCUACCUCUUCCUCAUGUUCCACACGGGACCCCGGACCGCGCGCCUCUCGCUGCGCACCUGGUUCGUGCGCCAGGGCCUGUUGGACACCAGCCUCACGGCCUCCGUGGCCACGCUGCUGGCCAUCGCCGUGGAGCGCCACCGCAGCGUGAUGGCCGUGCAGCUGCACAGCCGCCUGCCCCGCGGCCGCGUGGUCAUGCUCAUCGUGGGCGUGUGGCUGGCCGCCCUGGGCUUGGGGCUGCUGCCCGCCCACUGGUGGCAUUGUCUCUGCGCGCUGGACCGCUGCUCGCGCAUGGCUCCUCUGCUCAGUCGCUCCUACCUGGCCGCCUGGGCCCUGUCCAGCCUGCUCGUCUUCUUGCUCAUGGUGGCUGCCUAUGCUCGCAUCUUCUUCUACGUGCGCAGACGGGUGCAGAGAAUGUCGGAGCACGUCAGCUGCCAUCCCCGCUACCAGGAGACCACGCUGAGCCUCGUUAAAACCCUGGGCAUCAUCCUAGGGGCGUUCGUGGUCUGCUGGACCCCGGGCCAAGUGGUCCUGCUGCUGGAUGGCCUCAACUGCAGGUCGUGCAACGUGCUGGCCGUGGAGAAGUACUUCCUGCUGCUGGCCGAGUCCAACUCGUUGGUCAACGCCGCCGUGUACUCGUGCCGCGAUGCCGAGAUGCGCCGUACCUUCCGCCGCCUGCUCUGCUGCCUCUGCCGCGGCCGGGCCGGCCUGGAGUCCGAGCGCCGCUGUGCGUCCUCUCCCGGGGGCGCCGGGGCCAGCACGCGCAUCAUGCUGCCCGGGAACGGCCACUCGCUCAUGGACUCGACCCUGUAACCACGCUGAGCCCGGUGCAGGCUCGCUGCCGACCCUGCAACCACCCCGAGCCCGGUGCAGGCUCGCUGAG